UUUCCUCUCUCUCUCUCUCUCUCUUGUUGCCACUUUUCCUCUCGCAUUUUCGCUGUAUCUAUUAAAUCCUCUUCCUUUUCUCCGAUCUGGGAGAGAGAUCGAGGGGGUGCGUGAAAGACAGAGAGAUAGAGAGAUUUCGUGUUCUGUGUGUUUCCGCUGAUCCAUUUUUGUGUUCUGCCGAAUUCGAGGACCGGGAGUAGCUGCAAUGGCGGUCCAUCCUUUCUUGAACGGCGGCGAGAAGAAGCACUGGUGGCUCCGUAACAGAAAGAUUGUGGAGAAGUACAUGAAGGAUGCGAGGAGCUUGAUAUCGACCCAGGAUCCAGAAGACGUCGCAUCGGCUCUUCGCUUCCUAGACGCCGCGCUCUCGCUCUCUCCUCGCUACGAACUCGCUCUUGAAAUCAAAGCCAGAUCGCUUCUCUACCUCCGCAGAUUCAAGGAUGUCGCCGAUAUGCUUCAGGAUCACAUCCCCAGCCUCAGAAUGACCGGCGACGACUCCGGCGUCGUCUCGUCGGAGCUCUCUUCUACCCAGUUGUCGCGGGAUGGAGUCAAGCUUCUGAGCGAAUCGCCGAGUCAUAACUUGUCGUCGUUCAAGUGCUUCUCGGUCUCGGACUUGAAAAAGAAGGUCAUGGCAGGACUCGGUAAAAACUGCGGCGAGGAAGGUCAAUGGAGGUACUUGGUCCUGGGUCAAGCUUGUUGCCAUCUGGGUCUAAUGGAGGACGCCAUGGUUCUUCUCCAAACCGGAAAACGCCUCGCCACGGCGGCGUUUCGCCGCGAAAGCAUCUGUUGGUCCGAUGACAGCUUCACACUCUUCUCCGCCGGCGACAAUGGCGGCGGUUCACCCCCCUCCUCCUGCCCCACUACCUCCGCCGCGUCUCAGCUCCGACCCCUCACCGAGGCCGAGAGCGUCGCCCACAUGCUCUCCCACAUCAAACUGCUCUUGCGGCGGCGCGCCGCCGCGCUCGCGGCCCUCGACGCCGGACUCUACACGGAGUCCAUCCGCCACUUUUCCAAGAUCGUCGACAGCCGCCGCGGCGCGCCGCAGGGUUUCCUCGCCGAGUGCUUCAUGCACCGAGCCUCCGCAUACAAAGCCGCCGGUCGGACAGCGGAAUCGAUCGCCGAUUGUAAUAAAACCCUAGCCCUCGAUCCGUCCUGCCUCCAAGCCCUAGAAACCAGAGCCUCCUUGCUGGAAUCCAUCCGGUGCUUCCCCGACUCUCUUCACGACCUGGAACACCUCAAGCUCCUCUACAACUCCAUCUUACGAGACCGGAAACUCCCCGGUCCGGUUUGGAAACGGCACAAUGUCCGGUACAGAGAAAUACCGGGAAAAUUAUGCGUUUUGACGACAAAAAUCCAACAACUGAAGCAAAGAAUCGCAAACGGAGAAAUCGGGAAUGUGGAUUACUACGGCCUGAUGGGAAUCCGACGAGGGUGUUCGAGAUCAGAGCUGGAGAGGGCUUACUUGUUGCUGAAUCUAAGGCAUAAACCGGAGAGAUCGAUGUCGUUUAUAGACCGGUUUGAGUUAACCGAAGAAGAAGAAAUGGAAUCGGUUAAGGACCGGGCCAGAAUGUCAACUCUAAUGCUCUACAGAUUGAUCCAGAAGGGGUAUUCGGCCGUGACGAGUGACAUUGCGGCAGAAGAAGAAGCCGCCGAGAAGAAGACGAAAGAUCAGAAGAUCGAACCCAUUAAUAAUAAUAAUAAUAAUAUGGUGAAAGGAGUGUUUUGUAGAGAUAUUGCAAUGGUGGGGAAUCUGAUUGCAAGAGCCCGGUUUAGUCACCCGGUUACGGUCAAGUACGAAGCUCUCAGUUACUGAAUUGUUUCGGUACUAUUAUUAUUAUUUUUGUAAUGGCCCGUUGGGCGAGGCUGUUUGAUUUUAUUUUUGUUCCUACUUCA